AUGCAACAAUCCGAAAUCAUAUAUCAACGAGGAGUGACAAAAAGAAGAGAAGUUAGACAUCAUUUUCCAGAUCGAGGAUUUUUUCCUGCUAAGGAUGAAAUUACUUUCAAAGAAACUCCAUGGAGUAUUUGGGAUUUAGUUACUCCAAGUUAUGGAUGUCCAUGGGAAAUGGAAAGACUCGGAAGAAUUGGGGAAGGAGGUUGGUGGAUUUGUGGAAUUAGUAAAUUUAUUCAGAAGAAAAAACCUUGUGUGGUCUAUAGUUUUGGUAUUGGGAAUGAUUCAUCAUUCGAAGCCGAAAUACUUAGUCGAACGAAAUGUGAAAUCUGGGGUUAUGAUCAACAUGUGCCGGGAUUCAAUUUUGGUGAAGAAGUUACGGAAGAAAUGAGAGCAAGAGCACAUUUUGAAAGAAAUGGAGCAAAUAGUGCUACAGAUGAUGCAAAUCGACUUGUUACAAUUCAAGAUAUGAUGAAAAGGAAUGGACACGAUUACAUUGACAUUUUGAAGACGGAUAUUGAAUAUUCGGAAUACAAUGCUCUCUCAUCCCUAAAUGGUUAUACACUUCCUGGCGGCGCUGGUGCACUUACAUCUCCAGAUCCAUUGAAACCAGAAUUUCCUAUCGGUCAAAUAUUGGUGGAAAUGCACAUCUUUGAGCGGCAGGGUAUUACUGCAAGUGUUUAUUUGGAUUGGUGGGAGAGUAUGGAAUUUAGGGGAUUGAGAGCUUUACAUAGAGAAAUUGAUACAGUAGCACCAGUAUACAUUGCUGAACGUGCAAGAUUCGAGGAAUAA